CCGACUCCCCUCCCUCAGCCCCGGCCGGGCCCGGCGGGCGGCGCCGCGCGGGGCGGAAGCGGCGGCUCCGGCUCCGGCUCGGCCCGGCUCGGGCUCCGAGGCCGCGCGGCGGGAGGAGGGUGCUGAAGAUGGCAGGCAGCUCCACUCCUUGGAUUGGCAGUGCUUACCUCUUCCUCCAGUCGACAAGCAAGACCAUCGUUCUGCCAUCUCUCUACGAGAGCUCCCAGAAGAAGCCCAGUGUGUUCAGGGCACUGAAGCUGGCAUUAGCAGACUCCACGGGCAGCAUGAACGGUGUGGACGUGCUCAAAGUGCACUGCAGCCACCCGCAGCUGAUCGUGCAGCUCAAGUUCUGCAGGCAGGAGCUCUGCCGCCGCUUCCUGCGCAGCUACCGCGAUGGGCUGCUCCACAGGGCCCUGCAGAGCCACCUCCAGCUCUCUCUGGCCACCACCACAGUGCCCCUGGAAAUGGAGCUGAAGGCUGGCAGCGAGCACCUCGACAACAUGCUGAAGGAUGAGGAUCGUUGCCUGGAGUGCAUCUACAGAGAAAAGCCUGACCGCCUGCGGGACGAGGAAAUCACGGAGCUGGAGGAACGCCUCAAGAGCCUGACUGUUCACCAGAGCCUCAACAACAAUGUGGCUGUCAAAGACUGUGCACCUCUGAGGUCCCCAUCCCUGCCUUAUCCUUCUCAAGGCAGCUCCCUUCCCCCACAAGACACCUUCAUCUUUCAGGGACAGCAGUUUGACAACAGAACAAUCACACUGGAUGACCACCAGAAGUUUGCCAAGCUCGUGUCCAAGAAGUGGAAGCAAGUGGGUCGCUCUCUGCAGAAGAGCUGCCGGGCCCUGCGUGACCCUGUCAUUGACAACCUGGCCCUCGAAUACGACCGAGAGGGACUGUAUGAACAAGCCUACCAGCUGCUGCUCAGGUUCAUCCAGUCAGAGGGCAAGAAGGCCACAAUAGCACGGCUGAUCGCAGCCCUGGAAGAAAACAGUCUCAUCAGCGUGGCUGAGGAGCUCUUGGGCCUCCACUCCAACGAGGACUGCUCCUAGAGCCCAAAGGGCAGUGCCAUUGCUAAGGGCUUUCCUGCUUUAGCUACUGUAUGAAACUGCUGCCAGGUUCUGGGAAUGUGAAGCCCUGAAAAUCACCACAGGUUUCCAUCUAGGUUGGAAUGUCCAGGGGAGAGGCCCUGUGCUCACAGAAGCCAGCAUGGACCUCUUCCGUUCCCUGUUUCAUUGUGUUUCCAGAAGGCAGCACUACCCUCCUGUGAACUGGUGAGAGGCUUUCAGCCUGACUUCCUUCAGCACUGAGGGAAGGGAAGGUAGCUUCCUUCAGGACUGUCACAGGGAAGCAGCCAGACAGAGAGCCCUAGGGGAGAGUGGGGGAGAGGAGAAAAGCAAGCAAGGCAUCUCAGAGAAUUUUUCUGGGAAGCAGACAAUGCCACUGCUUCUCAGGCUGUGUCUCAGGGCCAUCACCUGGGGAGCUGCAAUAUCUUUUUUAUAUUGAAGACAUUUAUGCCCUCAGGCAUGACAUCAAGGAAAGACAGAGGGGAAAUUAAGGAAAAGUCAAUUUUAUAUUAUUUUCCUUCUUUGUUUGAAAAAUAUCUGUGGCAAGUCCAUCUGUCCUGCCCUGCUCUAUUAUAGCUCCUUCCCACCACUCACCACCUGAAGGUUUCCCUUCUAGCUGGAACAGCCUUAAUCUUCCACAGGGCACAAGAUUGCUGCUGCAGAACAAAUUUCAGGCACUGAAAAAGCAACGUGGACAAACUCAAAUUCAGACAAUGGUUCUCAGCGUUUUCUGCUCUGUGGUGGACAGUGAUAUACUGACUACAUCGUGCUCAGCUCUUGCCUGGCAGCCUGAGGGGCCUGCAGCUGUGGAAAGCAGCCUCUGAGCCAGCGAGUGACCCUCGUGGAUUGGAGCUGCUGCUCUGAGGUGUGGCCAUCCCGAUCCAGAGCUGAGACACCGCCCCUGCCCUGGGGCUGCUCCUCCUUCACUCCCUGCUCACCGCCCACCCCGGCCCGCUGAGCUCUCCGGAGGGGCCUCUCACACCCCACAUGCCACGGGCGACAGCAUCUGCACAGAGCCUUUCCCUGGUGCUGCUGUCACUGGGUGACAGCUGAGCGUCAGCUGCUGUCCCUGGAUUUACCUGCACUGAUUUUUAGGGUAAAAAUGGCUGAAGAGACAAAUCUCCCAAACCCCGGGGCUGACUCCUGCUUUCAGUGGGAGAAGCUGAGUGCCUGCUGGUGUGGCUGAGCAGACAGCACACCUUUGCCAUAACAAAGCACAGAGUGUCUAGUGUGACACAGGUCCUGUGGGGCACAACAGCAGUUGAUUACCUCUGACAUAUUCCCAAGGCUUUCCUGAUAGAAUUAAUUGAAAAGGAUUAGUAAAAACCUAUCUCUGUUUGCCCUUCCCAUCUGUGGGAAUAGGCAGUGGGCUGUGGAAGUUAUUUCAGAUGCAGAGGGUGGCUCUGGCUGCACACACAAAGCCUGUGUGCAUGUGAGAAUACCAGGCUGCUGGCAGUCAUGGUAGGACCAGCUCUCAGUGAGGCCCUGACAGCCUUAAUCCUUCCCUGGAGUCAGAGCUGUAAUUCAGUAAGAAGGAAUGCAACCUCAGGUUCAGGUGUGGGUCCAGAGCAGAGCUCCUGGGGCUGGAGCUGCUCCCUCAGGUUCUGCUGAAAUGGAGACCUGGAUGAGCAGGAUUGAGAUGUCCAGCUUCUACCCAGGGGGGAUCCACCUGCCUCAGGUGAGAGGAGCAUCACAGCCCUCAGUGUAAGCCUGAGAAACUCACUUGUUGUCUGCAGAUUUUAAAUCCCCAAGGUUACAUACACAGUCAGGAAAGGGAUGAUGGGGGUUAAAAAUGGGGAGAAUGUUUUCAGGGUGAGUGAAUCUGCUUCCAUCUUGCCCUGAGCUUCAAAGGAAGCAGGACUUUAUGCAGGCACCAUCUCUGCAGAGGCUGUGGCUUUUGUCAGUGCCACUGCAGUCUCAUCUCCACUCCUGCUCCACAUCCUACCCUCUCCCUUCAGUAGUACCAGUGCUCUUCCCCAAACGCAGCAAUUACCUCUGUGACAGUUUUGCUUUUGGGACCAGCACUGCUGACCUUAGUUAAUGUAGGCUGCUGUGGAACCACACCUCAAAGCAUUUAGCUUUCCUGCGAGAUCCCAGCUGGGGAACUCUGUUUGGCAGUAACCCACCUGCUUAUUGGUAUUUUAAAAAUGGUAUUUUAAAAAAUUUUAAAAAUCAGAAACUGGAAAAUUGCUUUUAACAGCAAGAGGGUGUGCUCUUGAUUUUGCAGAAAUGAUUUUUUAAAGAAGACAAGGUCAUAUGCAUAGCCUGCUGUCUUAUUUGUAGUAAGUUUUUCUAAGCUCUCAGACUAGCUAUUCAUGUACACAACUUUCACAUAAGGCAGCCUCUGAGUAGUGAGAAUUACUAGUUUUUGUAGUAUCUGUUAAUGCUUAAAAUGAGAAAGUCUUAUUAUUCAGCAUCUACUUCAAGUCCAGCAUAGUUUUUUGCAGCUAUUACUCUUUUAGAGAGCACUGAGCAUGAAUGCUUUUCCCUGAAAGCAAGCACUGUGCAUUUCCUCUCUCUGCCAGCGACUGGCGUCUGUAUUUCCUCUUACUCACACCUUCCCUCUCCAAAGUGCCAUUAAGUGCUGGAGCCCCUGGCAACCUUUCUGGAAUAUCAUCAUCUUUAACAGCAUUCACAGGUGCCUUCAUUGCAGAGACUCGAAGGAAAAGGGUUUUCCAGGGAUAUUCCAUGGUGGAAUUGUCUUAAGCACAUUGCACUUUUAGGAGCAUAGAGUGGCUGUUCCUUACCUCCUUU